GGCCUGUCAAAUCUUUAUAUAACCUCAAAUCUAAAAAUUUCAAGUAUCGGGCGAGAAGAGAAAUAGUUUAAUUUGUUGUGUAAAUAUAUAUUCACUGAAAACUUGACGUAAAGUUUUAACCAUAUAUACCAGAUAUGUCCGACUUCGAGAAUCUAACCGGCAACGAUAAGGAGCUGCAGGAGUUUCUUAUGAUUGAGAAACAGAAGGCACAGGUCAAUGCACAGAUACAUGAGUUCAAUGAGAUCUGCUGGGAGAAAUGCAUUGGUAAGCCGAGCACCAAACUGGACCAUGCCACAGAGACGUGUCUCAGCAAUUGUGUCGACCGAUUCAUCGACACUUCGCUGCUGAUAACACAGCGCUUCGCACAGAUGCUGCAGAAGCAGAGCUCUGGCGGCAUGUAGGCGACUGACUGACUAGUCACAGUACCGUUGUAGAGUACAUUUCGUGUUGCAGCUAACAGCCAACAGCAAAAACCAUAACAACAACAACAGAAGCCGCAUCAGCAUACACUUUUGUGAGCCAAACCUGAGCUGGAAUUGCAAACAAUUUGUUUUUGUGCUUUACACACACACACACACACAUACACACUCGUUACCAACUAAAUGAUUUUGAAAAUUACCUUGUAA